GGCGGCCAGUACGGAAAUGCGCUCCAAGCAGCAUCAUCUGGGGGUUAUGAAGCUAUCACGUGGCUGUUGCUGGAGAAGGGGGCCGACGUAAAUGCCAAAGGUGGCCAUUAUGGGAAUGCGCUCCAGGCGGCAUCCUCUAAUGGGCACAAGGCCAUCGUACAGCGGCUGCUAGAGAAGGGGGCCGAUGUGAAUGCCCAAGGUGGCUUUUAUGGCAAUGCACUACAGGCGGCGUCGUCUGGCGGUUAUGAAGGUAUCGUGCGGCUGCUACUUGAGAAGGGGGCCGACAUGAAUGUCCAGGGCGGCCUGUACAACAGUGCGCUCCAGGCGGCGUUGUCUGAUGAGCACGAAGCCAUUGUGCAACUGCUGCUUGAGAAAGGGGCUAUUUCGCCCGGUUCUAGCGAGGUGGGUCCACUAAGCACUAUAGUAGAAAACGCGAUACAGGUUGAGUUUUAGACUCGGAGUUUCUAUGGUCGUAACUCUUCGAAUACACAUGCAAAAGUAUGAUACAGACAAUGGAGUAUAAAUAUCGUAUACACUGCUAGUACACACAGG